AAUAGGCUCCCUCGGUUGUAAAUGGCGGAGUUUGUGUGUCGCGCGGUGAUUUAUCACCGUAUGACUUAGAUCUCGGUUCAGGAAGAGUUCACACACAUUCAGGCAGCCCAGAUUUCUCUAGCGUGGAGCAGAGGGCUAUACGCACAGAGCUCCAGUCUGUCUUUUGUCUCUCCUUCUCUGCAUUUAUGACUAUCGCAGUGGCUCGCCUGGAGAUACACACCACAAAGCUCUCUGGUAUCUUCUCCAGGUCAUCACGGGUGCACAUACAUCGAAGACACCUUCUUUCAGGCUGCGGUUUAGCUGCCUUUAGGACAGUCUCGGAGUUCAUUUUCUACUGAUUUUCCUUCCUGUUAUGCACGGCUGCACAAACGCACAGUUGCUCGGUUAAUGAAAAACCUGCUUCUGGACUGUAUCUAUGGAGUAUAAAUAAACAAGAUGUUUUUUGUUGCAGCUUGCAGUAGAAACAGUGUUAUGUUUGGGGUCACAUUUAGACAGGAGGGCCUUUAAUUUCAAACAUUUCAGUAUUAAUGGGGUUGCAUGCAAUAUUUUGAUUGUGUUUAUUUCAUUUUUAUUCAGUGUUAAAAUUAGCUGCUGCCUUGAUUUGACCAAUAGACAAUGAUUCAAUUUAUAGUGCUAACAAAAUAAAUGAUGCAUGACUUCAAAUGCAGAUUGCACAUAAAUGGGGAAUUUUUACUUGCAUUGAAAGUUAUGGCAUUUAAAUAAAAUUAUUAUAUACAUCGCUAAUAUUGCUAUUCUUAUUAUUACUAUUAUUACUGGCAGUGAUAGUUUGCAUUGCGUUUUGCUGUUUUUUAAACACAGGGAAUCCAAUGAGCCUCUGUUUCAUUAGUUAUGCCAUAUUGUAAAAUAUUUCCUUAAAUUGACCUGUGGAUGUGUGUCUCCUAUGGUUUAUAGUUCCCCAGUAAUCCCCCUGGUUACCUGCAUGAAUUAUGGCGCUUUAGCAGCAGGCUCAAGCUGCGCCAUCCGCGGGUUUCUGUCCGCUUGAGUACCGGGCUUGGGCGCUCACCGGACCGCUCAUUCCGAGCAGCCAGUCCCGGCCCACUGACCCCCAUAUAUCACCGCGAUGGGCCGCCGUGCAGACAGCACCGACAGCAGCCAUUAUUAUGGGCCUGCGAGGAAAGGUUCACACCAUGGUCAUGGAGAUGCACGGAUGCCCGCCCGGUUUUUCAGGUUUCCUCGGGGCCCUUCCAUUUAUCUUGCAGCGUGCAAGGAAAGAAAGGAAGAAAGAGAAAAAAAGAAAGACAGAGAGAGAAUGCGGUUGUUUAUACUUUGCGCCAGGUGGCCGGGGAAGCGCAGUGAAUUUUAUCCUGUUAAUGAAUGAGAUUUAUUUUCUAACAAGCGAAAAAUAAGAAAAGCAAAAGGGCUAAAAGUUGAGGGCCACAUGGAAUGUUUUUCACCUGCUACUCAGGAAAUCAAAUAUACUGUUGACAGCCCUGUUGGUAGAAUAACAUUGUAACAGAAAUAUUAUUUUCCUAUGUGGUAACCCACUAACAGGCAAUUUCCACAGCGCGAAUCUUUGCCUACAGCAUUUUCUCCAUAAGUUGCACACUGUAACUAUAUUUGGUUUCAUUGUAAAUCAGCUCACUGAUUUAAAAUGUCACGCAGUUCCUUGUUAGGUUUCAAAAUGAUUUGACAGUUUGAAACGCUUUUGAAAAAGCUUUUUUUUUUAACUUCAUGUUGUUUGGCACAGAUGGUAAUACAAGGUUAGUACGUGCCUUUGUGCCCUGUGUAAGCCAUAAGGUAAACGGUAAUAGUCUACAGAAUUGUUGGCCCUAUCUUGCCUCCAUAGUCUCCAGUGUCAGGUCUGUAUUGAAAAGUAAGAUGGAUCGCCACCAUUUCUUCUCCUCACAGUGCUUCUUGUAACCCUAGGUUCACCCAAGGAGGCCAUUGGCGGAGGGGCGUCACGUGACCACGGGGUGCCAAUGUUAUUCUACAAGGGUGUCAAGACCCUGUCAGUUUCUGAAAUAAAUAUUGGGAAACGGCGAGAUGCAAAAGGCAACCUACUACGACAGCUCCGCAAUUUACAGUGGCUACCCAUAUCAAAGCGCAAAUGGCUUCAGUUAUGAUGCCAAUCAGGUCCAAUAUCCCCGGGCCUCUCAUGUGGAAAGUGAGUACCAUCGACCUGCCUGCUCCCUGCAGUCUCCUGACGGCUCCGUGGCUCUGCAGAAGCCGGGGGAGAUGGCGGAGAGCUGCGACAGGACCACAGCCAUUCAGGCGGCGCAGUCCAAGGUUCAUCCCGAAAGCAAUCAACCGCAGGUGCCGGUGUCAGGCCCACCCCCUCCCUCACAGUCCCCCGGUGCUAUCAGCCAAAACACGAGCAACGGGUCCAGCCAACCCAGCGCCAAGAACGGCUCGCCGACCUCCAAUGCUCGCAGCAAACAGAUCUUCCCCUGGAUGAAGGAAUCCCGUCAGAACACCAAGCAGAAGCCCACCAGUAGCUCCAGUUCAGUGGAGAGUUGCCCCGGAGACAAGAGUCCUCCGGGGUCAGCAGCAUCAAAGAGGGCCCGGACAGCUUACACCAGCGCCCAGCUUGUGGAGCUGGAGAAGGAGUUCCACUUUAACCGGUACCUCUGCAGACCCCGGAGGGUGGAGAUGGCCAACCUGCUCAACCUCACGGAGAGACAGAUCAAAAUCUGGUUCCAGAACCGCAGGAUGAAAUACAAGAAGGAUCAGAAAGGUGUCGGGAUGAUGCCUUCUCCCGGCGGACAGUCCCCGCGGAGUCCCGUGGGCCCGACCUCCGGUGGCGGGGGAGGCGGAUAUCUCAACUCUAUGCAUUCUCUCGUAAACAGUGUACCAUAUGAAUCCCAUUCGCCCACUUCUUACAAUAAACCUCAUCAAAACGCAUACGGUAUGCCAACGUCAUAUCCCCCUCCUUUAAACAACUCCCUCAACAACUGCCCGCCCUCCCAGAAGAGGUAUCCCGGGACCGACUCGGCCACGCCCGAGUAUGACGCGCAUCCCCUUCAAGGAAAUGGCAACUACGGGACGCACAUGCAGGGCAGCCCCGUUUAUGUCGGCGGAGGUUACAUCGACUCAAUGCCCAAUUCCGGGGCCUCUGUUUUCGGUCUGACCCAUCUCCCGCACCCGCCGUCCGCAAACAUGGAGUACAAUGGAGCAAUCACAAUGGGCAACAGUCAGCAUCACGGAGUGUGUGAUCCGACACCGACGUACACAGACCUAACGUCGCACUACUCUCAGGGAAGAAUCCAGGAAGCGCCCAAACUGACGCAUCUGUAGCAGUGGCGCUGCCUGGAUCACUCCGCCCAUUGUCUUAUCCACCUCCAGACAUAUUAGUGCUUUGUUUCCGCGCCUCCUCACGGCUUCCACCUUCUCUCUGCUUUUGUUUAUGUUUCCUAUAGUUUUGGUGUGUGAAGUAGCGUUAGGAUAAAUAAUCACGACUUGCUUGAAUUUUUCUCUAUUUGCUCGUGUCAUUGUCUCACAAAGACCUUUAUCUGGGCUGUAGGACGUCUAGG